AUGGCACCAAUUCUAAAUCACCUUUCAGUGAUUUUAAAGCAAGUCUUUGAAGUGGAGAGCAUACUGCCUGGCGCUGAGAAAUCAAAGAACAGAGCUUCACCAUUUCUUGCGUUUCCACCUAGAAGGAAGCCGCAGAACGACAAAAACAUAUCCAUACCGGGAGACGAAGCGAUUGUUACGCCAAUCUACAAAACUGGUGACCGACUAUCGCCUAGCAGCUACAGGCCUAUAACAUUCACUAGCAUGCCAUGGUACUUAAUUCUUACCUACGCCCUGUUUGAACAAAGCUUGGCGAACAGGCGUUUUCCCGUUGACCCAGAAAACACCCGGCGGGGACGUAGUAAGAAAGUUUUCUAG